CCCCCUCUUUUUGUUCAAAAUCUGACCGUUGCAUCCCCAUAUUAGUCACAAAAUUAACCUAGCUCAUUUUAAAUCCUCUAAACCUCAUUCCUAACACACACAUUUUUACAUUUGAAAUCGCAUCAGACCCGUAAAAAUGGUUUCGAGGACUGUGAAAAGGACCCCGACAAAGACCAUCAGGGACUGCCGCACGCGCCGUCGAACGCGCCGCCGUAGCCAGAGCUCUCCGCUCAAGAAUGUGGCUUCAAACGUCGUAGCUUCGAUCAAUAAGUCCAUCUCCACUUGCCACCGUCGUCUCAUCAAGAUUUUCUCCAAGCUUGCUCGUAUUGGGACCCCGAAAAGAUCUCCGCGGAAGAAGGGUUACCGGGCGUUGAAACAGGUUGCCGCCGGCGAGAUUUGCCGGUCGCUUUUCGUCGGAAAGCCGCUACCGCCGGUGGACCCGCCGGAGAGGAAGACGGUCUUUCUUGAUCUCGAUGAGACCCUCAUACAUUCUUCGCCGGAAAUUCCGCCCGGGAAGUUUGAUUUUGUGGUCCGGCCGGCGAUUGAUGGCCGGAAAGUUGAGUUCUUCGUGUCGAAGCGCCCCUUUGUCGACGAAUUUCUGGAGAAUCUGGGCAAAAAGUAUGAGGUUGUUGUGUUUACUGCUGGGAUUGAAGAGUACGCAUCAUUAGUAAUCGACAAAAUUGAUCCAAACAAGGUCAUAUCACACCGCCUGUAUCGCGAUUCUUGUAAAGAAAAUGAGGGGAGAUUUGUGAAAGAUUUGUCGGAAUUGGGGAGAGAUAUGAAAAGGGUUGUUUUAGUUGAUGAUAACCCGAAUUCAUAUGAGUUUCAACCUGACAAUGCUAUUAAAAUCAAACCAUUUAUCGAUGAUUCUGAAGAUGGUGAGUUGAAGAAAGUGAUGGAGUUUCUUCAAGGGUGUGAUUGCUUCGAUGAUAUGAGGGAUGCUGUUAGGCAGUUUGCUCUCGCGAAUGAGGAUGAUCAUUUGGGAAAUUAAAAAAAAAAAGAAUUUAGUUCUUUUUUUGUUGUUGAUUGUGUUGGAGUGGAGGAUUGAACAAGUUGGUUCAAUCUAAAUUGUGAAAGGAUGGUUUGAAGUGAAGUUUUUGUUACUGCAGUUAAGUUUUUUUAGCUGUGACCUGUCAUGGUUUUUACUAUUUGAAAAGUUACCUUUUGACUGAUAUUUGAAAGUUUUUUGACUGAUA